AUGGCUGCUCCUGCUAACCAUAACCAUCAACACGUUCAUUUGAACAAGAGGGCUGUAGUCACUACUGUGGUUUACGUCGACGUCCAAGGACACACCAUCCAAGGCCCAGAUGCCACUUCCACUGCGGCCAUUGCUUCCUCGAUUGUCGAAACUACCAGUACCUCGUCAACUCCAACUCCAACUUCAACGUCUACCCAGGCUGACUCCACCCAGGCUGCCUCUACCCAGGCUGCCUCUUCCACUCAAGCUGCUAGUUCUGCUCCACAAUCAACUGAAACUUCUAGUUCUUCUGGUUCUUCUAGUGGUUCUGGUGGUAUUUCCGGUGACUUGGGUAACUUUGUUGACCCAACCGAAAAGUUUGAAGACGGUGUCUACGAUUGUGAUACUCUUCCAACCGGUCAAGGUGUUAUUGCCAUCGACUGGCUUUCCAAUUUGAAUGGUGGUUUCUCUUCCAUCAUGAACGAAAACGGUGAUACCUCUUCCACCUGUCAAGACGGUUAUUACUGUUCCUACGCUUGUCAAGCUGGUAUGUCCAAAACCCAAUGGCCAUCCGAACAACCUUCCAGUGGUAUUUCUGUUGGUGGUUUGUACUGUAAGAACGGUAAGUUGUACAAAUCCAACUCUAACAGCGACUACUUGUGUGAAUGGGGUACCCAAAAUGCUAACUUUGUUUCUGAAAUUAGCAAAGAUGUUGCUAUCUGUAGAACUGAUUACCCAGGUUCUGAAAACAUGAACAUCCCAACCUUGUUGUCUGCUGGUGGAACUGCUCCAGUUUCUGUUGUCGACUCUUCUACCUACUACACUUGGAAAGGAGGAAAGACUUCCACCCAAUAUUACGUUAACAAUGCCGGUGUUUCUGUCGAAGAUGGAUGUAUUUGGGGUACUGACGGUUCUGGUGUUGGUAACUGGGCUCCAGUUGUCUUGGGUGCCGGAACUACGGACGGUAACACUUACUUGUCUUUGAUUCCAAACCCUAACAAUGAAGAACAACCAAACUACAAUAUCAAGAUUGUUGCUGCUGAUGGUGGUUCUGUUAUUGGUGACUGUAAGUACGAAAAUGGCCAAUACAAUGGUAGCGGUUCCGACGGUUGUACUGUCACCUUGACUUCUGGCUCUGCCAAGUUUGUCUUCUACUAG